UUCAUACAUUCAUGGACAGACAGCAGAACCAAGCCUGGAUUAAAGCAGAAUGGCCAGCUUACUUACACCUACGUCAACACCAACAGGGAACCUUCUGUUUUGGGUCUGUCUGUGUGCAAUGGUCUCAGGUUUGCAGACUCUGGUACCAAAUGGACAAAAACACUCUGUGAAGGUGACUGUAUCGACCUUGCCGACAGUGCAAACCACUGCAUUCACCAGAGCAGAUCCUGUCCAUGGAAAUGGAGGAACAAUUGGCUGCGCUAAUAAGGGCGGCUGUGAAAUAUACUGCUCAUUUUGUGUGAAUAUGACAGCUCAAGACUGCUAUGAAUGGCUGGUGAAUCACUGGUGUAAUUAUAAUUUUAUUGUGGCUAUGGACUCCAUAAACAGUACUGACUGGUGUUCACUGGAGAAAGUAAAAAGUGCUUACAAUAAUUUCACAAUGUGCACCGAGACUGUUGCUGACUGUCUGCUGGUUCCCUGGCCAAAUCGAUUUGUAGAACACAAAUUUGUGGAUAUCCAUGCAACCUAUUUUCACGAUUGUCCCACAGAGGCACUGCGGGAUCCCCCUCCCAGCAUCAUCCUUGCCCUUGUCAUGACCCCCAUAUGCCUAAUUCCUGUUAUGGUGGUCCUAGUUGUUCUCAAGACUAAAAAUGGAGACAGAAGGUCAUGAAGAAGAAUCCAGAUGCAAGAAAAUUGUUUCUAUUCAUUCAUCAGCUUCAUUUCUUCUUCAUUCUGGAUGGCAUCCCACCCUGGGAUAAAGUGAAUGUGCACAUGGUUAUCUCUAGGUUAAUAUCAUCCAGAAUGGAGGAUGAAUAUUUGUUUUUGGGGAUGUCCACUGACUGGAAAAAUGUUACUGUACUUUAGUGAAAUAAUUGGUGGUUGGAAAUGUGUAUUUAUCAUUCACUCACAAACAAGAUGCAUUACCAACAAUUUACAGUAUUAGUAUGAAAAUCACAUCUCUAAAUAUCAUAUAUAUAUGUUUUGUUGUCUUCAUUCUGUAAAUCCACAUAAAUGUGAAACGGAAAGAAGGUUCAUUUGAAACAUUCAGAUGCACUGUGUUCAUAAACAACUGUACAAAACAGACAACACAGAGCUACAAACAGACCUGAGCUGACUGUCCACUUAAACACUGUAAGAAUUAUUUAAUCCAUGUUUUAACAUAGACUUCAUUGUUAGUUCAUUGACAAGAGCUGUUUAGCUGACUGUUUAGCAUAACGCUGUUUCUAUUUUGACACAAGUCAUAAUGACUGACUUCUUAAAUUUAUUAUGAGGAAUUAAGCAUAAAUGAGUCAACCUGAAUGCAUGGUGAAACAAAGCCAAAUGAAAGUUGUCCAUUUUCAACAGGCAGCUCAUUGAAAAUCACUUUAUUUAUAUUAAGUUAAUGAUAUACACGUUUUCUGAAUAAAACAAUUAAGAUGGAAGAAAAUGGAAGCCGCAACGUUCAUUAACAUUUCCUUUAACACAGAACUCCAUUGUACUUUUCUUAGAAUCCUUAAAAUAGAAUUCUGUAUCAAUGUAGUCACAAGAAUAUGAUUGGGAUUUUCAUUCAUUCCUUUUCUUUUCAGCAGAAUGAAGCACAAACCUCUCCAUCAUAUAUUUUACGCAGCGGAUGCCCUUCCAGCCGCAACUGAUUGGGAUUUGUGUUUAAUAAUUAUUUUAGUAAUAGAACAUUUUAAAUGAAGGAAAGCCAGUGUUUUCGUGACUCUUUUAUAGGAGAAAUCUUUGAAUCUUUUCAAGUGCAUGUCUACAGAUUUGUUUUGGACAACUGUGUCAAGCACUUUGGAGAACCACUUUUAAGAGUCUGUGAAUAUUUUUAUACUUUUAUACUUCUCACUUUACUUUGGGAAAUGUUUUUUAUAUAAUUAAACCACACUUUACCUA